AUGAAGUUGACCGAUUCGUUCUAUUACGAAGAAAGUCGUGGUCAAUGUGGUCGUAAAUUAUUACGUGAAAUUGGUGAACAACGUCGAACAAAAAUUCAUUUAUAUGCUUAUGAAAGUUGGCCAAAACCAGCUCUUAUUUCACAUUGGACAAUUAAAACAGUCUGGUGGUCAAAAACAAAAUGUCAAAUUAUUGAACGGUUGGGUCAUCGAACAAGUAUCACCAAAGGUCAUAUGAAAUGUUUGGGUAAUGGUCGUUUAGAAAUAACUGGACAAUUUCAACGUCAUACAGAUGCUUAUUUUCGUCUUGUUCUAUCAUCACAAGUAACUGAUGAUGAUAUAUCUGAUGGUUAUAUAUUAUCAGGAGAUCUUGAACUCGGUGAUACAAAAGAUACAAUGGAACAAAGUCAUUUUGCUGUAGUAAAAUUUGAACAAAAACAACAUCAUAAACAUACUAUGAAUGAUUAUUAUAUAAAAGCACGUCGUUUAUUAUUGCUUGGUUGUGUAUAA